AUGGGACAAAAGGACGCAGUCAAGGGAGUCAACGGCCACAUCGGCGGUGCCAAUGGGCACGCAAAAGCAAACGGCACCGUUCCAACGAGAACGAAAGCAGAAGAGGACAUUUACGAGGAAGAGAACAUCUUCCUCUUCAUCCCUAACAUCAUCGGAUAUGCCCGAAUCAUCCUCGCCGUCGCAUCCCUAUACUACAUGCCCUUGCACCCUCGGACGUGCUCUGGCCUAUACAGUUUCUCGUGCAUUCUCGACGCCGCCGACGGUCUUGCUGCGCGCCGAUAUAACCAGUCCACAACCUUUGGCGCAGUGCUGGAUAUGGUGACCGACCGCUGCACAACCUCUUGCCUGCUUGUUUUCCUCGCCUCGGCGUUCCCCAGAUGGUCGAUUGUAUUCCAGGGACUGAUCAGUCUCGAUUUGGCGAGCCACUACGUCCACAUGUAUGCGACUUUGACCAUGGGUGGUCAGAGCCACAAGAAGGUUGACUCGAGUCGGAGCUGGAUUUUGCAUUUGUAUUACACGAAUAAGGUCGUGCUGUUCAUGUUCUGCGCCCUGAACGAACUCUUCUUCAUUGCGCUCUACCUCCUCUCCUUCUCCUCGCCUCUCCUGUCCCCAUCACUUCUCGUCACUAGCGAGGCCGGCAUGUCAUCCACCCAGCCCGGGUCACCUGCACACCCCAAGCCCAGCGCCAUCUUUGUCAACCCCUGGAGCGCAGGGGCAAUGGAAAUGGCCCGCGCAAACAAGAUGGAUAGCACUAUCCCUUGGAUCUUGGCAGGAAUCAGUUUCCCCGUCAUGUUUGGCAAACAGGUUAUCAACGUCAUUCAGCUGGUCAAGGCCUGCAAGUGGUUGGGCGAAGGAGAUGUGGCCGCGAGGAGGAAGGCAGGGAUCACAAAGAUGAAGAAGAAGAAGGUGUAG